GAAGCGCAUGUCAUGAGCCGUAUCCUUUGCUAAAACCAAAAAUGAAAUUGAAACUCUUUUUCAUAUUGUAAAUCAAGUCAAGUCAACUACAUGAAAGUUUGCCAACUAAUUCUGUCAUUGAGGCAACUGAACGCCGAGGAGAUGGGGUAUAAUAAUCCCAGAUCGCAAUGUUGCCCUAAUCGGGGGCCUUACUCUUCCGUUUAGAACCAAUUAUUUUAUAUCAUCAAUUUUAUAGUUACUUCAUUUAUAGCUUUCCAUGUUUUUUACUCCACUUGUUGCUUGUCUUAAAGGUUUGUCCUUAACACGCAAAUGUCCCAAAGGCUACAGCUGUGGCUAUCUCCACCUAUUUCGCAAUCCAAACAAUUUGUUUAACAGUAGCUUGGAGCUCUAUGAUACACCAAAGAGCACACGCUCCAGCAGUAAAACGCCUACAAACAGAACAAGCAGUUGGCAUGACACUGGGCGGGAAUCUCGCAACUGGCGCUGGUCGGAGAGUCCCGAGCUGGAGCUUAAACAUGACAAAUCUUCGAGCAAAACUGCCAAAAGGCAACAGAGCAAUGAGCGAGAUAUUGAAUGUAAAUCUGAUAAAAGCAGGAAACGCUAUCACUCCAGUCGAGACUCCAGCCGCCAUUCUAGUCAAGAAUCUGAACCACAUGGCAGUGGAGACUCUGUCCGAGAUCGCAGUCGCGACUCUAGAUUGCAUCACAGUCGAGAUGGGGCACAAGACUCUGGCCAUCGCAGUCGCAGUCGAAAUCGUUCCACAUCGAGCCGUGAACACGUUUCUAAGACGGAUUACAGUCACUCCCGCACACCGCCACGUCGACGUGUCAAAUAAACCAAAGUAUAUACGACAAUAUUUAAAUAAUUAAUCAGUUUUUAAUGAAUUUUUAUAACAUUUUA